AUGAACCUUUCAACUUCUUCCAUGCACCACUGCAAUAUGGCUUGCUACAAUACUCUCAAGCUCUCUCUCUUCCUCUGCCUCACCCUCUCUGCCUUGGGGUUCAGCAGCCACAAUGACAAGGAAAGCCACAGGAGCGACGAGGCUGACAGCCUUCAGUCUAAGCCUCUAAUUCUGGUCAAGAUCUGGUGCUUGGUUUUGGUCUUUGUUGGGACAUUUGCAGCUGGAAUGUCACCCUACUUCCUAAAGUGGAAUGAGGGGUUCUUGGUUCUAGGCACACAGUUCGCUGGCGGAGUGUUUUUGGGAACAGCUCUCAUGCACUUUCUGAGUGAUUCAAACAAGACUUUCCAAAGCUUGACUGAGAAGGAGUACCCUUUUGCAUUUAUGCUGGCCAGUGUGGGGUUCUUGAUCACUAUGCUUGCGGAUUGUGUUGUUUCCUAUGUGUAUGCUAAGCAAGAGUGCAGUGACCUUGAAGGCCACGACAGUGGUCAUGGUCACCACCCUGCAACAGUUGGUUCAGUUGGGGACAGCAUUUUGUUGAUCGUAGCCUUAUGUUUCCAUUCUUUCUUUGAGGGCAUUGCAAUCGGAGUUGCCAAGACAAAAGCAGAAGCUUGGAAGGCUUUGUGGACAGUCAGUGUGCACAAGAUCAUUGCAGCCAUUGCCAUGGGCAUUGCUCUCCUCCGCAUGCUUCCGAACCGUCCCUUCUUAUCAUGCAUGGCGUAUGCUUUCGUGUUCGGCAUUUCGAGUCCAGUUGGUGUGGGAGUUGGCAUCACAAUAGAUUCCACAACCCAAGGUGCCACAGCAGAUUGGCUCUUCGCCAUUUCCAUAGGUUUGGCAUGUGGGGUGUUCAUAUAUGUAUCCAUAAACCAUCUGCUGUCAAAGGGUUACACAGCUCAGAAGGCAGUCUCUGUUGACCAACCCCAUUACAAGUUUUUGGCUGUGUUGUUUGGCAUUGGAGUUAUCUCUGUUGCCAUGUUCUGGGACUCUUGA